UCUGCGUGUGCUCAGCAAGGCGCUGGAGGCUAAACUUCGCCGUCCCGCGGCCGACUGACAGCUGAAGUUGCCAAUCGGUCCUGCCUGAUGCUUCAAGCCGCCAAUCGCUCGCUGGAGCAGCGCGAUGGCAAAAAAUAACCUCUGCGCGUGCACGCUUCGCGCACUUGUGCGUGCGUGCGUGCGCCUGUUUGUCGCACCGCUUCUAAUAAUAGAGGCAGUCCGCCUUCUCCUUUAAGACCCUUCUUGUUGCUUACUCAAAUAAGAAAAGAAGCAACAUAAUGGUUAUCAAAGUGUUUCUCGCCACUUCAUCGGGAUCCACGGCGAUCAAGAAGAAGCAACAAGAUGUGGUGGGCUUCCUGGAAGCGUUGAAGGUGGACUACACUCAGCUGGACAUCGCCUGCAACGAGGAGAACCGCAUGUGGAUGAGGCAGAACGUACCGGAGGAGAAGAAACCCUCCAACGGGAUCCCCUUGCCCCCUCAGAUCUUCAAUGAAGAGAGCUACUGUGGGGACUACGAGACGUUCUUCGACGCCAAGGAAGACAACUCUGUAUAUGCCUUCCUGGGAUUGGCCCCUCCCCCUGGUUCAAAGGUAGCGCCGCAGGCCAGUAGCGAAGAGCGCAUCGUGGAGAAUGGCACUCCCGCCGAAGAAACCACCCAAGAGGGAGCCCAAGAUAACUUAAUAGACGUUCCCGAGGUAGAUCAGAACGGGGACGCGUACGCCGAUGAGGACGAGGCAGAGGGAGGCGAAGGCGGUGAAGAGGAAGAUGUAGCGGAGCCUGAAGAAACGGAUGCCACGGAAGGAGGAGGAGACCAAGAACCCGAAAUUACAGGUCACGCAGAAGAGGAUGAAGAACAGGAUGAGGAUUUGCAGUCCGAGGAGGAGGAGGAGCUGCGACAACUCGAGGAGGAAGAAGAGCCUGACAUAGAAGAAGAGGGAGAAGAAGAAUACUUGGAAGAAACACAGGAAGACGAGGCUGAAUAGAUGACCCAAGAACAGGAACACCGACACCCUCCGAUUUGAGCCUGAGGGAGCCUCCUGUGACAUCUGUCCCUGACCCCCAGACCAUUGGCCACGUUGGCUCCUUCAGGCUGCAUCUUGACUCCUCCCCCAAGGCAGCACUGGACCCGCCUUGACAAAAAACAAACAAACAAACAAACACUGGUCAUGUGCUUGAAGAUGUCAAGUCAAAAGCCAUCGACUCCUGCUCUCGUCUUUUAACCAAAACAAUGGGUUUAAUUUUUUCCUUUUACAUUUCAAAUACAAUAUGUGCAUAAUAACAGUGCUGCAAAUAUGUCUUUCAUGUGAUCUUGACAAACAUAUUUUGCAUGUUUUACUUUAGGACAAAUUGAAACUGGUAUACAUUUUCUUGGUGCCUCAAGUUGUUUACAGUUUUAGAUGAUUUCCCUCUUUUUAUUUUAUUUUCCGAUUGUUUUGGCGAUGCAAUGCAUGCAAGACAUCUGCAUGAUAUGACAAAGUAAGGCUUGUAAUAUGUAAUAACAUGAGCACAUCCUGUAAGACGAAAAGCGAGUCCGCCGUUACGAUGACAUCUGACGCUACAGUUGUCGAAACAAUGCACUUUGUUCGAAGAAAUAUGUGACUAUGACAUAAAUGCAAUUGAAAAUGCAAUAAAGUCAAAGUGAUUUAAAAAAAAAAAAAGAUCCCGAUUAUGGGGCUAUAUUUAGCUUUUGCAUAUAUUUAGAUCACUGGAACGCUGUUCAAAGCCUGGCAAGAGUGAUGGGACCAAACACAUUUCAUUUUUAUCAGCAGCAUUUGCCGCGCCUUCGUGCGAUGCCAGUUUGGAGAGUAAAUUCGCUUCUUAACUGCACACACUGCCCCGAGAAAAUUAUUCUGUUGAAUUAACAGUGAAGACGGAUACAUUGGGGUCUGAGGUUUGAAUCUUGGUUGCGGCCCUCAUGUGGAUUUUACAUUUUCUCCUCAUGUUUGCGUGACGUUUCUACGGCUAGUCUGACUUUCUCCCAUACAUGUUGAGUGUCCUUUGUCGUUCCUGGGGCCUCCUCCCAGUUGGACAUGCCCGGAACAUUUCACCAGGGGGGCCACUUCAACUGGCUCCUUUCAAUGCAGAGGAGAUACUCCACUCCGAUCCCGUCCUGGAUGAAGUGAAAGACACCCUGUGGAGGAAACUCACUUCGGAUGCUUGUAUCCACCAUAUUGUUUCUUUUGGUCACAGCCGCAGUUUGUGACCAUAGAUGAGUCUGGGAACAUUGAUCGACUGGGAAAUGGAGAUCUCAGCUCCUUUUUUACCAUGACAGAAUGAAAAAGACUCUACAUCACUGCAGAGGCUACACCUAUCCACCUGUUGAUCACCCACUCCAAUGUCCCUUUACUUGUUAACAAGCCCCCGAGAAACAUAAAAGUCCUCUUCUUUGGUCAGGAUUUCUCAUGCUCAAGAUUGGUCUCCACUCUUGAAGACCAUACUCUCAGAUUUGGAAGUUCUGAUUCUAAUUCCAACUGUUUGAGUUGUGAACUCCCACAUACCCUCGAGGAACCAGCUGAAGGGUAUAAAGCAAGCACUUAACUGAAGCCACACUGCUUUUCCUGAAUCUGAGAUUCAACUUCCCAUGGAGCGUAAUCUCCAGGACCCCUAAAUUGACCUUACCAGGGAGGCUGACGAGUGCGAUCUCUCUGGAGUUGGAACUGGGGCCCAGUGACUCGCAUCCGAGAGAGGGGAAAAUACCAUCCAUGUAUCGUCAUCGUUUUUUCCCUCACCUCAGACCUGUUUGCCAUUGGUAACUCUUGCAGGAACACACAUUUUUAGGCAACUUAACUCUUGGGAUCAUCGGGGGACCCACCACCACCACCACCACCACAAUAAGGUGAUGGCUCAGGAGGGGGAAAUAAAACUCUAAGUAACUUCAGAGGUUACACAAAAAAUGUAUCACAAAGAAGAUAUUUCAGCCAUCUUUUGGAUUGGACAUCUAUCUCCAAGAGAUCAGUGUUUGGAGCUUGUUUUAAUAUAUACAGUACACACAGUACAUAAUUUUAGCCAAGUCAAUAAAAUGCAGCAAAACUCUUUUUGGUCAGACCCAUUCAUGUGUGUUCCCCAAGCGUAACACAAUAUGUUCUCAAACUUGAAAGUUUUGAGGAAAAUUACCCUUGCUGAGAAAAAUUACCCUUGAAAGAAAACAAGCUGAAAGUCAGACCAGCCCCACACCCUCCAUCAUCCAUCGCACGUCACCACCUCUACAGUACAUUUCCUUGGGGGCUGACCUUCACUGAGCGGAAUGAUGUUUAAGGUCUUUGACAAAAGGUGGACCAUUCCUUCGACAAAUCAACAUUUGUCCUCUCAGACUUCUCAAUCUCUUAAGAGCCCAUACAAGAGAUGUCCCAAAGAUGACAAAUGAUGAUUGUCAAAGAGUGGUACACCACAAAGUGUAGGGGAAUUGUCCAUUGUUCGGCUUUUCGACGUGAGGAAGGCAAGACAAACAGUGGAGGACCCAACUAGAGGGAAGAACAGCAAUCAUACAGGAAUCUCCAAAAAAUGGGCUGAGCCCCAUUUUACAUUGAGCCAGGGGGCAAUAAGUAUACCUACCCAUGCUCAGCACCUCUUAAUGUGGGCACCUCCAGAGUCCAACCCUUCUCGAGAGGACCGGUACCAGAGACCAAGCUGUGUGUGGUGACGAGCCCGACGAUGUCCAGUUGGAACUCCGGCUUGAGCACCUUCCUAUGUGACAUUCCACGUCCCUAGAACCAUUUUCAGUAGCUGUGGACCAGAAAGCCAAGGUCCCUGCCUUUGGCCAACGCCCAGCUCGCACUGGACUCUCCCCCGAUGGCGAGCAAGCUUGGCUGCCACGUGCUCGCCUUUGAACCAAAACCUCCAGGCCUGGUUCCAGGGGGUGGCCCGGUGGCCUGCGUGCUGACACGGGAAAACGUGAUUCCAUCAGU